UUUUGUCAAGUGACUUAAAUAGUAAAAUUCAGCUAAGCUUAUUUGAAAUGAUAAUAUUGUUAUAACCGCCUAAAAAGGAUUAAAAAUUGCAAGCUACAAUAAAACAACAAUGAAUUUCGGUGGCACGUUAAGAGUUAACAAAUUCGCAUGUUUCACAUUAGUUUUUAUUUUAUUUCUUAUAAUUUAUUGGCGUUCUGGAGGUGCUGGUUAUCCUACUGACAAAAACGACUUAAUAAAUAUAAAAUCACUUUUAAAAGCGGCUAUACAUGCUGCCGAGCGAGGUGGAAAGAAAGUUAUUGAGGGUAAAAACCAUGAAUUGAAUAUAAAAAGUAAAGGCAAGACGUUGGAGGGAGCAAACGACCCGGUUACCGAUGCUGAUUACGCAUCGCAUUGUGCCAUGUACUAUGGUCUUAAAAACACAUUUCCAAAAUUAAACGUAAUAUCCGAGGAGCACUCGAAAGACGAUUCGAGUUGUCAAAAUCAAGAUGUAAUUGAUAUUGAAGCAACUCCCACAGAUCACAGAACAAUAGACUACAUGAAUGACGAACAUGUAUACGUUAAGGAUGUUACGGUUUGGAUUGAUCCUCUGGACGCGACACAAGAAUAUACAGAGGGUUUAUAUCAAUAUGUUACCACAAUGGUAUGUGUGGCAAUCAAUGGUGUACCGAUUGUAGGUGUCAUACAUUACCCUUUCCCAACACGCACAUACUGGGGUUGGUAUACUAAGAAGACAUCCAGCAACAUUCCAAACAUACAACAUAAAGACGAAAAUAAAGAAAAACCCAGGGUUGUAAUAUCUAGGUCUCAUCCAGGUAAAGUUGCUAAUAUUGCCAAAGAAUCGUUUGGACUUAAAACAGUUGUAACACAAGCUGCAGGAGCAGGUGACAAAGUGAUGGGAGUCGUAAAUGGUAACUUUGAUGUUUAUCUCCAUGCAACUGCUAUCAAAAAGUGGGAUUUAUGUGCGGGUAAUGCCAUAAUUAAGGCUGUUGAUGGUAAAAUGACCACAAUCAAAGGUGCAGAGAUUGACUACUCUCCUGACAGUGGUGUCAAAGUAACUGAUGGUAUCUUAGUAACGAGAUAUGAUCAUGAUUAUUACUUGAGUAAGUUACCGAAAUCAUUGACUGGUCAAACGUAAUUGGUUAAUUAGUUAUUAGGAUAAAUAAUCGAAUUUAGCAUAUUGCAUAGCAGAUACUGUUUAAGAUUUGUAACGGAUGUAACUGGUUUUCAUUUAUAUUUUAAAAGUAGCAUUUUUAUCACUUUUCAGAUAAAAAUUAAUAUUUAUUUAUUUGACAAAAAAUAAUAUAUUUUAAUAAACAGCAGCUUUAUUUAAUAAUUAUAGGUUAGUGUUCAUCCAAGUUUGUUGACUAUUUUUGGACAACACAAUACACAUGUCAGCUAUUCAAAACCCUGUAUUUUAAUUCAGAUCUGUUUUUUUUUUUAAAUCUUUGUUUAUGUUCUAAGAACUAAAUUAUUUUUUUAGUCUCUAUUUAUUUAUAUCAUUAAAUCUUUUAUGUUUUGGGCAAUUUUGGCUGUACAGUAGAACCUCGAUUAUCCGAACUAUUUGCGACCGAGACUAGAUCGGAUAAUCGAAAUGUAGGUACUUGGUACAAGAUCAAACAAAAACAACACCUUUUCACAUAAAAUCAGUAGUCGAUUAAAAUUUGACAUAUAUAUACAAUAUUGAAUAACUAAAAACAGCAAAAUGCUAUUUUAAUAUUAUCUUUAUUUUUAAAUCGUCAAUUUUUAAUUGACGAACGGCUGCAACGCCGCCAACGUUCAGAUGAGGGUUCGGAUAGUCGAGGUUCUACUGUAUAACGUAAUAUUUUUAUUAAUUAUCUGUUGUAACUCAUAAAAAAUAUUUUAACAUAUUUAAUUCCUGAAGUUAAUUUAUUUUUGUGGUGUAAUGUAUUUUGAAUAUUUUUUAAAGAUAUAAUAGUUUUAUUUUAAAAAGAACAAUUAAGUAGGCAUCUAUCAAAUUAGCGAUAUUUACAAAUAUUUCGCUGGUUUCUAUUCCACUAAUAUAUUUAUAAACUCAAAUGUAUUAUUUUAUAAAGAAUUAUUUCUUUCAAAGAAUCGUCAUUUAUAUGUGUGACAAUAUUUAAUAUUGAAACUGUAGAUUGUGUUAAUGUUUCUUAAAUGUACAUAAUUAGUUUUAAUAUUAUAACAUGUUAAAUUGUAAAUAAUUCGAUCACUUUGGAGACUCUUUUGUAUAGUGAACUUAUAUAAUUUUAAAUAUCAUAUUAUAAAUUAUGGGUUGUAAAUAAAAUUUAAUAAUUUAUUGCAUAUGGAUUUUAAAUAAUUAAGUUAUUAAUAUUAGUUCUUUCUUUACAACUUUCUAGAUUCUGUCAAUAUACCUAAAGUUAUUAGUUAACACAUCAUAAUUUUUAGAGCUUUUACUGCAUUUGAAGUCACCGAUUGAUUAAAUUUUUGAAAAGAGUACUGCUGUAUAAACUGUGUACAGUAGUAUACAUUAUAUCAGAUUGAUACUAAAUAUUGAACAGACCUUCAUGAUGCCGUUGUCGAGCGUUCAAUUCAUGACUUCUCAAUACAGUUUCAUUUAUCUCAUAUUUAAUAUUUGUCAUCUUGAUUGUGACAUAUACAUAACCUCUGCUAUUAUUAUUAUAUAUAACCACGAAUAAAAUUAAACUUAUUGAAUUGUUAUAAAAAGCAAAUUGUACCAUCAGGUAGCUAAAAAAAUAUUACCAAUGAAAAUCAAAGUUGAAGAAUUUUAUGGUUUUAUAUGAAUAAGACUGACUGCAAAAGUUAAUGUUUGUUUUUAACCCGUUAAUGUAAAUAUAUUGUGGUACUGAUACUUGCCAAUCUGAUUAUGAGUGUAUUAAUGAAUUAUAAAUGUUUUAUUUUUAGAAUU